GAGGGAGCAGCUGUUGGUGUCCUGCCUCAGUGAAAAUGUUUAUGGCCCCCCAGGACUUUCGUCCCCCCAGCAAUGGAGAUCACCCCACCUUCCACAGUCCUCAUCCCAGAGACCUAGGUGAGGGUUAAACUCACCCUGACUCUCUGAACACACAGGGUUGGGCUUCUCUUUCUCACCACUGACCCCACCCCAGGAGGGAGGAAAUACUGAGUUGCGGGGUGGAUCACCUGCGGGGUCCUGAUCCCUGCCCCUUCACCUUCACCAAAGCCUAGAACUGACCCCAAACACACCCUUCCCUCUUCUGGCCCCAUGCUCCUUCUGGUCUGCGCAGACCAGACUGCCUUCCCCUUCCCCCUCCAGACCCAUCCGGUGAACGCAGCCUUUCUCGCCAGGCUCACUCCCCCAGUCGCAUCCUCCUUGGCUUCUGAAUUUGCCUUGCUCAGCACAAGGAUGUGACCUACAGGUGGAAGGGAGGAGGUCAUCUCGGGACAAGGCCCGGGGAUUGGGUGUCAGAAUUUGGGCACCCAGAGCCCAGUCCCCAAGCCCGCCAGCACCGGCUAUAAUUAGUCAGGUGGGGCCACUGACCUGGUUAAGGGGCAAGUUCUCUCUGCCACACCGUCCGAAGCUGAGAAGGUUCAAGUGAGAGACAGGAGGAACGCUGGUGUCUUCGGAGGCCAACUGGACGAUGAGCAUCUUGGACUCCGCACAUCGUCCCUCCGACCCGGGGAGCGUCUCUCUUCCCGCCCAGAAGGACCACCUUGACCUCCCUUUACCUGACCGGAGAACGCCCUCCUGGCCUCCUUCCCCGGACGAGGAUCCCAGUUUGCCCCCCUUUCCUCUGGAAGAGCCUGUCCCCAGGCCUAAGGCCCCAGGGAACAUUCUGUCACCAGCCUUGUCCCUAGAGGAGGAAGAGAAUGAAGACGAAGAAGGCGCGGCGGAGCCGGAGGGACUGCGCAGCGAGGAACAUUCGAGCCAGUUUUUCGCUGAAGCACAGCGGCUUCGGGAGCAGAGGUUGUUGCUGGACGAAGAGGUGUCAGUUGGGGGGCGAGUAUACGGGGUGCAUCGGGUAAUCUUGGCUGCAAUUAGCAGCCUUUUCCGAGACAGGCUGCUGGGCGGCAGAGGUCCACGACCACCCCUCAGCCUCGAUGUGGCCGCCGGGGCCUGGGAGGCCGUGCUGACCUUUGCGUAUGAGGGGUUGCUGGGCCCUGCCCCGUGGGGAGAUGUGCUGGUCGUGGCCGAGGCUCUGGGAGCACCCCGGGUGAAGGCCGCGGCCCAGGGGAGACGCAAGGGGACUGGAAGCGCCAGGGAAGAUGAAAAGCAGCCCAGCCCGGCAGAGGAGCUGAGGGAGAACCUGCGUAGCAUCGAGCUCCUAUACAAAGAAGGCGUUGGGUGUGACCUGGAGCUGGAGGCAGGCGGCUGCCGGCUGCGGGUGCACCGAGCAGCCCUGGCCUGUGGCAGCGAGUUCUUUGGCGCCAUGCUCCUGAGUGGGAUGAGGGAAUCCCAGGGCACAGAGGUGUCUCUGCACACCAUCUCUGCCCAGGACCUGAGACUCCUCGUCUCUUUUGCCUACACGGGUGCUGUGCGGGCAGGGUGGCCAGGACUACUGAGAGCUGCCCAGACUGCUGUGCGGUACCAGAGCUCUUCUUGCCUUGCUCUGUGCCAGAGAGCCUUGGCACGGGGCCUCAGCCCUGCACAUUGCCUGGCCCUGUUCCCCAUAGCUGAGGCCCCUGGGUUAGAGAGGCUCUGGAGCAAAGCCCGUCACUACCUCCUCACCCACCUGCCUGCCGUGGCUUUGUGCCCCACUUUCCCUUCUUUACCGUCUGCCUGCCUGGCUGAGCUCCUGGAGAGUGAUGAACUACACGUGCAAGAGGAGUUUGAGGCCUUCAUGGCUGUGUGGCGUUGGUUAGCUGCCAACCCCGAGACCGAGGAGUCAGAGGCCAAGGCCCUGCUUCGACGUGUUCGCUUUGGCCGCAUGUCCACCAGGGAGCUGCGGGGGGUACGGGCCGCUGGGCUGCCUCCCCCCCUGCCCCCAGACUUGCUGCAUCAGCUCCUGGUAGAAGCUGCCGUUCCGGGUCAAGAGAGGCGGAGGGAGCCUGACCAGGCACUGGUAGUGAUUGGCGGGGAUGGGCUCCGAUCAGACAUGGCCAGAAGACAGCCCUCCCGAGGAGUGUGGUGGGCCCGGGCCUUCCGCUGCGGCACGGGACUGGUUCGAACUGUGGAGUGGGGACGGCUCCCUGCCCUGCCUGCCCCGGGGCGCUUCCGGCAUGGGGCUGCGAGCCCGGCAGGGAGCCAACUCUACGUGUGUGGGGGACAGGAUUUCUACGGCCCCGCCAACACCCUGGCUUCGACUCUCAGGUGGGAUCCCGGUCAAGAGGACUGGGAGGAGAUGGCACCUUUGUGCCAGGCUCGGAGCUUUUUUCCCCUGCUGGCCCUGGAUGGACUACUUUACGCCCUGGGUGGCCGAAAUGGUGAUGUUGCUCUCAACUCUGUGGAGGCCUAUAACCCCGAGCUCAAUGUCUGGAGGCCCGCACCUGCCCUUCCAGCACCACGCUUUGCCCACGCAGCUGCUGUUUUGGAGGGCCGAUUGUACGUGAGCGGAGGCUGCAGCGGCGCUGGCCAAUACCUGGCCUCGUUGCUGCACUAUGACCCCAAGCUUGAGAAGCCAGGGACACUUCUGAGCCCCAUGGGGGUACCUCGGGCUGGCCAUGUCAUGGCUGCUCUGGGUGGCCGGUUGUAUGUAGCAGGUGGGCUAGGCGAGACGGGAGACCUACUGAGCCUUGAGGCCUAUGAACCGAGGACUGAUAGCUGGACUCAUCUGGCACCUUUGCCCUCCCCCCAUGUGGGGGCUGCAGGUGCUGCGCUGCAGGGGGAGCUACUGGUGCUGGGGGGCUACAGCCACCGUACUUAUGCCCUCUCGCACCUCAUCCAUGCUUACUGUCCUGGCCUGGACCGAUGGCUCUGCCUGGGAACUCUGCCCAGGCCUCGGGCUGAGAUGCCUGCCUGCAUCCUGACGCUGCCCUCUGUGCAGCACGUAGCUUUGGUUCCCACACGGCACCAAGCCAAACCUGCUGGCUGAGUGCGGAGCCGCAGUGGAUGGGGGCGGGGGCGGAGGAAGGGAUCAGAAACAUCAUGAGAGAAGGACAGAGAUGAUGGGGGGAGAAAGAGAAGGUUUUAUUCACGAUAGCAUUUUAUUCCAGCGCAGUGUUCUAUAACUCACAAACUGCUUUUGUAUAUAUGAUCUUCAUUGAGCAAAAGGUAGCUCCAGAAUUCCUGGAAAAGGCUGCUGGAGAGGGGGAAGCAGCUGAAUGCCUGGAUAAGGCAAGGAGGCCCAGGAGCCACUCUACAAGGUUUAGGGACCCUGACCCCAUUGUUGGUGGGGCAGGCGCAUCUGGCUGGGAAGAUAGUUAAGAAGGUCCAGUAGUCAAUGUGUAGGGGCCAUGAGAGGACAGUCAGAAAAAUGAUGAUUCUGACUCAUGGAUCAAGAUGAAAACUGUGGAAAGGCCACCCCUGAAAGAGUUUGAGAAGUGUGGGGGAAAGGACUGUAAUUGUCAUGCUCUUCCCUUUUUCAGGACUUGCUCCUUUCUACUCUCCAACCCCUGGGACACCUAAGCCCUCUUGGCAAUAUUCUUUCUCAGGUAACUUGCAGGCUCAGUCCGGCAUUUCCUCAGCCCACACACUGCACGCUGCCCCUAAGAGCCUCUUGGCAGAAGUCCUUGUCCCGACCUGGCGCUGCACAGGGGCUUGAGUUGCCCUGGUGAAGAGGCGGGAGUGCUGUGUGUGGGGAGGAGGAGGAAGGCCAGGUGAAGGAGUGAGGCGUCUGUAGUGGGAAAGGGAUGGGAUGAGGUUUGAGGGGGUGGGGUGGAAGAAGCCAGAAGCCUGACUGGCUUCUUUCCUUCCUUGGGGGUGGGUUCAGGGGUCAGGAUUGACAACAGGACAGUUGCUGUGUGAGGUCCUACCUCAGUUGUGAGAGGAGUUGUGAGAGGAGGCGGCAGAGAGAAAAAGUGAGAGGCAGAGAGGACUCAGGAAAGUGUUUUCCCCCUUUUCUUUCCCUUUCCUCUAGAGUUUUUAAGAUCCACUUCCCUUUUUUUGGCCAGGAAAAGUUAAGUCAGAUGCUUCCUUUCUCCCUUUCUCCACCCUGCUCUUCCUUCCUUUUUUCCCCUUUUUUCUUUUCACUUCUCCCUUCUCCCACAGAGUGAUCUAUCACCUACUAUGUUCCGGGCACUAAAUGAGGCCCUAAGGACACAGAGAUCAGAGAGCUCCUGACCAGCAGGUAGACUUGUCAGUGGACUUAGGAGUAUGGCCACUUAUCUCAUCCUUCGUAUCCCUCGCUCUUAGAGGUAUGAUAGCCCAGACAAUGGAGGAGUGAACUCUGCCCAGGGAAGGCUUCUGCUAAGGAAGUCAUCAUCAAAUGGGUGUAGUUUGAGUUGGACUUUGAAAACCCCUUGGAAACUCACCAGUCAGAGAAGUAGGAAGGCAUUCCAGUCAGAGAAAAGAAGCAAGUGGGACAUGUAGUGCCCUGUGUCUCUCUAGCAAAGGAGAAGUCAGUAUUCCAGAGGGUUCUUCGGAGGCUUCUGCUGCUGUUGCCAGCCCACCCUCUUCUCUGGAGCUUUUCUGAAGACGGUAGCUUUCACUUAAUUGUAUAUUCCCUCCAUUCACAACUCCCCUAAGUCUUUCCUGUCUGGUAUUUCCAUUUCUGACCCCUGAGCAGCUCAGGGCAAAGAAGGGCCAAUUCAGUUAUCUAUUACCAUUGUUUAUUAAGAUUCUCAUGCUCCUAAGGGUGAGAUAAAGGAGCCUCUCUUGUACAUUUCUUCAUCCUGGCCUGGAGGCGCUUGACAUACUUUUGUUUAUAUUUUUGAGAUUUCAUUAUUAAGGUUUUUUUUCCUCCUAUAUCUCUGUUUUGGAGCGUAGAUGAAUAUGAGGAGGGAUAAGUAGGAUAUAUAUGAGAAAAGGGAAGAAAGAUUGAAGAAACCAGAGAAGAAGGAAAUUGAAGGUCCCGAGGAACUAUGAGGAUUGAGUCUUUAGGAUGAACUUCUGUGAACAUGUUCUUUGCGGUUUGUAGGCAAAGACAGGCUUAAAUAAAUGUUUCAUCAUUAUCGAA